AAAUAAAAAGAGUGAAAGAGAGACACAGUCACACUGAGUCACUGACACAGUCUCUUCCUCUUCCGUUAGAAAAUGUCCCAAAGCAAACAAGCACGAGCACCGAAGAUCCUCCGACGUAGGACGAGGCGUGAUGAUCUCCCAGAAGAAAUCGUGUUGGAAAUAUUAGCAAGACUGCCAGUGAAAUCCCUCCUAAAAUUCAGGUGCGUUUGCAAAACCUGGUACUCUUAUAUCACCAACCCCAAUUUCAUCUCCACCCACUUGCUGUGCUACAACAACAACCAUGAUGGUGGUUAUGUCAUACACAUGCCCAAGGCUACUUUUUCCAUGGCUUAUUUUCAUCUUCCUCACAGUCAAAUCUGUACGCUCGCUUUCGACCGCACCUUUGAAACCAUAUCCGAGUUUAGAAUUCCCUUCACUUUUGAAUCUGGGUAUCCCAGUUUAGUGGGUUCUUGUAAUGGCAUAUUAUGUUUCACUGAUUUUAUCAUAUCAAAGUCUAAAGAUGUGUACUUGUGGAACCCCAGUAUUAGAAAAUUUAAGAGGUUGCCAGAUACUUGCUUGACCCAGUUGCGUACAUUGGUGAUCGGAUUUGGGUAUGAUUCCCAGAGUAAUGACUACAAGGUUGUCAGGAUUUCACAGACUCGUGUCAAAGAUGUGCUUGCCCGUGAGGUUGAGGUCUACUCAUUAAGUUCGGAUUCAUGGAAAAGAGUUGGACUUGGAGUCUCGUGGACACCCAAUGCUUUUUCCUUCAGUUUUAAUGGUAUUUUGGCAUUCCCAUUUGUUAGUGGACAUUUGCAUUGGAUGAUAGAAAUGACAGAAGAAGGAGGUGGGCAAGAGAGGCGUUUUACUUCUAUGAUUUUGUCAUUUGAUGUCAAUAGUGAGAAAUUCAAAGAGCUACCACUGCCUGACGAUGAAGGAAGUUUUAUUGUGACGAAAUGUGUUACAUCAUUCAAGGGGAAACUGGCUUUGAUUAAAUUUGGAUAUGGUGUACAACCACAUAGCAUGCUAUGCUCCAUUUGGGUGAUGAAGGAGUAUGGUGUGCUUGAUUCCUGGAAUAAACUUUGUGUUCUACCAGUUGAUGCUUUUAUUGAUUUCACUGGUUUCACCAACUAUGGUAUACUUCUAAUUCGAAACAUGCCCCGGCUGGUCUCCACCAACUGUGAAUUAGAGAGGAAAUAUAAGUCUGUUUUAAUUGACCCCGAAACUCUAAAUGAGAAUGAGAUUAGUAUUCAAGUUAAUUAUCAUUUAGAUGUAGCUACUUACAUGGAGAGCCUUGCUUUACUUGAUGGCGCAAAUGUGGUAUUUCACUAAGAAGAUGGUGCUAUGUGGUAUAAGAAGUGAUGUCAUUACAGAUGUAGCUGCUUACAUGGAGAACCUUGCUUUACUUGAUGGAGCAAACGUGGUAUCUUACUAAGAGGAUGGUGCUGUGUAUAACAAGUGAUGUCAUCACAGAAGGUAGAUGAGUUCAAAGAAAAAGAUGAAGACUGGGGGUAGAAAUUAAAUUUAAAAUGUAGGAGAGCAGCACAAUUGAAAAGAAAGAAUCUUUGCUAGAGACAGAAGCAGAGCAGGAAUGCAUUGAAGAGGAAGUGGACUCAAAGAUGGAAGGUGGUGAGAGCUUUAAUAAGAUGAAUGGGGUAUUUUCUACAGAAGACAUUGACGAUGGUGGAAGCCCACCAUGAAAGCAGCAGAAACAUCAGAAGGAGAAGCCUUUGCUCAGAAAGUUUGGAAGCUUACUCAAGAAGAUGGUCACUAGCAACCAUAAGUAGAGAAAUAGACCUGUUUGGCUUAACUUGUUUCCUACUAGCAGGAAGGGAAAUAGCUGCCUCCAUCUGCAACUGGUUAACAUUAUCACAUGGUAGGGAACACCCACUUACCUUGCAAGUGAAAUAUUAAGAUCAGGACUGACUCGAGUUUAGAUGAUAGCCUAGUUGCAUGUCAGACCCAAAUGCAAGGAAACUUCAUUUGUUCUUCUGUUUUGCACAUAUGGAAAGGAUUUCUUUUAAUAGAAAUUUGAAGAGAAUCUCUCUGUUAGUUGUUGAGCACGAAACUACCAUAAAUGCUUCCUUUGUUCCCAACUUGUAUGAGAUAAUCCUCGGACUUAGUCUUGUGUCAGCAUUUUUUUUUUUUUUUUGAGAAACAAACACACACACACAAAAGGGAGAGGGAAAUGUCAGCAUUUGAAUGUAUUGAAAUUGCUGAUUGCCUAUGUAUUGGUGUAUCAGACGGCUUAUUUCAUAAAUUGUGGUGAUUCCAAGAGCUUGCAACAUUGUGAAUGUUGCAUUUACAGUUUGUUGUUACAUGGAUCAGAUGCCUCAAUGCAUAUUUGUAGCCGUUUGUUGUUACAUGCCUCAAUGCAUUUACAGUU